AUGUGCGGCCAAAACCUCCUCGCCCAGAUUCGUCAAGGGCAUGGUCACAUCCGCUUUGCUGGUAGUGACAUUGCAGGUCUCGAUGUUGGAGCAAUUGAGGACGCGAUGGAGUCGGCUGCUGCUGCUGCUCCUCGAGACAUUGCUGCUGGGCUUGCGACUUCUGACAUGUCUCUCCCGGCCACACGCCCUCCUGCCCAACCAAGUCACACUCAACGAGAGAGGAGCGCACCGAGAGCGGUUGUGCUCAGUUCACAAAAGGGGCUUGCGUGA